AUGGUCAAUCAAGAUGCGAUUCGCGGUGAUUCGAUCCAUGAGGCUGGAGUAGCUGAGCCUGCUCGUACUCAGCAAGCUUCAUCCAGUCCAGGCUUGAUGGGGAAGAUCAAGGGAUUUUUCGGCUCGGAUGUUCGAGAGGAAAUGCCUGCAUACAAGGAUAUCGAAAUUCACACUUGGAAUGGCCCUGAUGACCCGGAGAACCCAUUUAACUUCAGUUCCAAGUAUAAAUGGCUUCUGACCAUUACAGUUUGCUUCGUGUCUAUUUUGACAGGUCUUCCAGCGGGAACUUAUGGAUCUGGUGACGAUUGGAUGGAGAAAGAGUUUCAUGUUCAAAACUCCCCAUUCCCUAAUCUCUACUGGGCCACAACUUCUUGGAAUAUGGGUGCUGCGUUCUGGCCACUGAUCUUCGUUCCCCUGACGGAAUCCUCUGGUCGUAUGCCUGGGUACUUUGUGGCUUAUAUUAUUCUGGUCAUUUCAUUGUUUCCUUCGGCCUUCGCGAAGAACUUCGCGACUCUGGUUGUUACAAGAUUCUUUGGUGGUGGUGCUUCAUCUGUUUCGAUCAACAUUGUGGGAGGAAGUAUCAGUGACAUUUGGUUUGGCGACAAGGCUCGUAGUCUACCCAUGUCUAUCUUUGGAUUUACUAGCGUCGUGGGUAUUGCACUCGGACCGUUCAUCGGUUCUGUCAUUGUACAGAUUCCUAAGAGUGAACCCUGGCGGUGGAUCUUUUAUAUUCAAAUCAUCUACAACGCGGCCCUUAUCCCCGUCUUUUGGUUCAUCCUACGUGAGACCCGACCAGAUGUUAUCCUCAAAACACGUGCUCGCAAGAUUCGCAAGGAGACAGGUCGCCCUGUUUAUGCCGCCGCAGAGAUUGAUGCUCCAAACAAAAUCUCUCUCCUUAAAACAUCUUUCCAACGCCCAACGCGCAUGCUCACCACGGAGCCCGUGGUGAUCUUCUUCACGCUGUGGAUCAGUUUCGCCUGGGGAAUCCUGUAUCUGUUCUUCUCUAGCGUGGUGCAGACCUAUUCUACCAACUACGGCUGGGGUACUCUGGCAACAGGACUAGUGCAGCUUGCCAUUUCUGUCGGAGCUAUCAUCGGUACUAUCAUCAACCCUCUCCAGGAUUGGUUGUAUCUCCGUUCUGCCCGGAGAAAUACCGAAAAGCCAGGUCGUCCAAUUCCCGAAGCACGAUUAUACACCGCUAUCCCUGGCAGCUUGCUGUUUGCGGGUGGUCUCUUCUGGUAUGGCUGGGCUAGUCAGCCAGAUAUUCACUGGAUCGUUCCCACUCUUGGAAUCGGCGCGGCCGGUAUUGGCAUUUAUUCCAUCUAUAUGGCAGUUGUCAACUAUCUGACUGAUGCGUAUGAGCGAUACGCUGCGUCUGCCUUGUCAGCUGCUUCUUUGGGACGUAAUGCCUUUGGCGCUUUCUUGCCCCUUGCCUCGACUGAGCUGUUCAGCAACCUUGGAUUUGGAUGGGCUGGCACGCUUCUUGGAUUCAUCGGGAUUGCACUCUCCAUCGUUCCUGUUGUUCUGGUUCUUAAGGGACCUCAAAUCCGGGAGCGGAGUACCUUCAUGCGCGAGGCUAUGUGGGAGCCUGAGGAAAAGAUCGAGGUUGACGAUUCCGGGAAAGCUGAUAUGGGACCCAGCGCCGAAGGAAUCGCGUAA